AGCUCUACUGAGCCGCGACUGUAGCGACCGCAACCGGAGUCCCAGCCGCCGCCACCUGCACCUGGCGCCCAGCCCACGUCCAGCGCCUGCCUGGCCGCCGCUUCCCGCCACUCUGCCCUGCCCACCGCCAGGUACUACCAUUUAAAGGUACCUUCUUCUCAGCAAAUCUAUGAUAAAAAAAUAUAAGUAACAGGAGAAGAAAUAACUGUUGUCAAGUGACAAGCUUUUAAUGUCAGAAUGGCUCACCUAAAGCGACUAGUAAAAUUACACUUUAAAAGACAUUACCAUAAAAAGUUCUGGAAGCUUGGUGCAGUAAUUUUUUUCUUUAUAAUAGUUUUGGUUUUAAUGCAAAGAGAAGUAAGUGUUCAAUAUUCCAAAGAGGAAUCAAGGAUGGAAAGAAACAUGAAAAACAAAAACAAGAUGUUGGAUUUAAUGCUAGAAGCUGUAAACAAUAUUAAGGAUGCAAUGCCAAAAAUGCAAAUAGGAGCACCUGUCAGGCAAAACAUUGAUGCUGGUGAGAGACCUUGUUUGCAAGGAUAUUAUACAGCAGCAGAAUUGAAGCCUGUCCUUGACCGUCCACCUCAGGAUUCAAAUGCACCUGGUGCUUCUGGUAAAGCAUUCAAGACAACCAAUUUAAGUGCUGAAGAGCAAAAGGAAAAGGAACGUGGGGAAGCUAAACACUGCUUUAAUGCUUUCGCAAGUGACAGGAUUUCUUUGCACCGAGAUCUUGGACCAGACACUCGACCUCCUGAAUGUAUUGAACAAAAAUUUAAGCGCUGCCCUCCCCUGCCCACCACCAGUGUCAUAAUUGUUUUUCAUAAUGAAGCAUGGUCCACGUUGCUUAGAACUGUCCACAGUGUGCUCUAUUCUUCACCUGCAAUACUGCUGAAGGAAAUCAUUUUGGUGGAUGAUGCUAGUGGAGAUGAGUACUUACAUGAUAAACUAGAUGAAUAUGUAAAACAAUUUUCUAUAGUAAAAAUAGUCAGACAAAGAGAAAGAAAAGGUCUGAUCACUGCUCGGUUGCUAGGAGCAACAGUCGCAACAGCUGAAACACUCACAUUUUUAGACGCUCACUGUGAGUGUUUCUAUGGUUGGUUAGAACCUCUGUUGGCCAGAAUAGCUGAGAACUACACGGCUGUCGUAAGUCCAGAUAUUGCAUCCAUAGAUCUGAACACGUUUGAAUUCAACAAACCUUCUCCUUAUGGAAGUAACCAUAACCGUGGAAAUUUUGACUGGAGUCUUUCAUUUGGCUGGGAGUCGCUUCCUGAUCAUGAGAAGCAAAGAAGGAAAGAUGAAACCUACCCAAUUAAAACACCCACUUUUGCAGGAGGCCUUUUUUCCAUAUCAAAAGAAUAUUUUGAGUAUAUUGGAAGUUACGAUGAAGAAAUGGAAAUCUGGGGAGGUGAAAAUAUAGAAAUGUCUUUCAGAGUAUGGCAAUGUGGUGGGCAGUUGGAGAUUAUGCCUUGCUCUGUUGUUGGACAUGUUUUUCGCAGCAAAAGCCCUCAUAGCUUUCCAAAAGGCACUCAGGUGAUUGCUAGAAACCAAGUUCGCCUUGCAGAAGUCUGGAUGGAUGAAUACAAGGAAAUAUUUUAUAGGAGAAAUACAGAUGCAGCAAAAAUUGUUAAACAAAAAGCAUUUGGUGAUCUUUCAAAAAGAUUUGAAAUAAAACACCGCCUUCAGUGUAAAAAUUUUACAUGGUAUCUGAACAAUAUUUAUCCAGAGGUGUAUGUGCCAGACCUUAAUCCUGUUAUAUCUGGAUAUAUUAAAAGCGUUGGUCAGCCUCUAUGUCUGGAUGUUGGAGAAAACAAUCAAGGAGGCAAACCAUUAAUUAUGUAUACAUGUCAUGGACUUGGGGGAAACCAGUACUUUGAAUACUCUGCUCAACAUGAAAUUCGGCACAACAUCCAGAAGGAGUUAUGUCUUCAUGCUGCUCAAGGUCUCGUUCAGCUGAAGGCAUGUACCUACAAAGGUCACAAGACAGUUGUCACCGGAGAGCAGAUAUGGGAGAUCCAGAAGGAUCAACUUCUAUACAAUCCAUUCUUAAAAAUGUGCCUUUCAGCAAAUGGAGAGCAUCCAAGUUUAGUGUCAUGCAACCCGUCAGAUCCACUCCAAAAAUGGAUAUUUAGCCAGAAUGAUUAAGUGUUCCUUAAAAUUAAGUUGAAAAAGGAAAUAUUCUUUCUCGUAAAACUGUGACUAGGCAUACACUGUAGUUUUUGAAAAUUAUGCAAAAGCAGCUAAAUGUAACUUAUUCCAAGUGCAUUUUUCUUAUUUAUAUCUUAAACUAUCUAUGUAGCACUACUACAGAAAUUCUGCAAGUUUCUGUUUCAAAGCACAAUAACUAGUAAUACCAAAGACUAUUUCAAAAUGUCCAGAUGUAGGGGAAGAGAUGUUUACAGUAUGACGAAAAUAAUUUUCCAAGUAAAGUGAUGUUUGUGUGUUUUGUACACUUAGGGAUAUAUAUAGCUACAUUCACACACUCACAAUUUAAAAUAUUUCCCCUAGUUUUUUGGGGGGAUAGGAAGAAAGAUUUGUUACUGUAUUUUUUUAACUACAUAGAAAUAGAUCAAUAAAGGUCAGCAUUGGCCUCUGUGUACAAACCAAGAGCUUUUAACGAUCCAGAAUUUAUUAUUUUAAAAUGCAGGUGAACUUUUUUUUGCCUUUGGUUUACUUGUCUGUCAAAUGUUUCCUUAAACAUGAAACUGAAUAAGAAGAGGAGUAUUUUUAACACUUAAAUUUCUUGGCAAAUUUUAAAACAUUUUUUAGUCUGUAACGCACUCCACUUGAAGCACUUAAGUCUUCCUUAAAUGACUUUUCUUAAGUAAUGAUAUUGUGUGUUUUCCCAAAGCACUUUUGAAAAAAUUUUUAUAAAUUACUAUCUGUUGAAAAGGUGUCCUUUUCCUUUCUGCUAGUAUUUUUUUCUUACCAAAAUUCACUAAUCUUGAAUGUUUGUGAUAUUAAAUUUCAAAUGCAGAAUACUUGACUCAUUUAAAGCUAAAUUUUGUUACUGAUUCAAUUAUAAUCGUAAUGGAUUUUUGACUUUGUAAUGGAUUCUUUUCAUCAAAAAGCCUUAUUUUUUUAUCUAUGUGGAAAACACAGUAAAAAAUCCUCAACACUAUUGUAAUUAUUUGGUUAAGUUUUUUUCCUGUUUUGGGUAAAAUCUGUAAUUGAUAAUAGGUGGGGGAAAAUGAAUUUUGUAUGCUGAAUUUCUAAGCGCCUAUUGUUUGUAAAGCCAUCAGAUAUUUCUUAUGGCACAAAAAAUGAGGAAUAGUAAAAUUUCUGCGUUCAA